UGUGUUUGGAUGAGAGUCCGCGUGUGAGUGGGUGCAUGCAUGCUUGAGUGUGUGUCUUUGUGUCUUAAGCCCGGCGGAGCAGAAUACGGCCCUCCGUAAGCCCGGGCAUGUGUGAUUUGCGUGAUCGGGUGCAGUCAGGGUUGAUACGCGACGCCUUGGGCUGUAGAUGACCAGACUCUCCACUGACAACACAGACUGUCCUGCUAAAAAUACCAAGUUUGCCCUAUCGCUGACUCUCUCAUGGGACGAGCUGUUUGUGGAGAAGGUCCAAGAUUCUUGUAACUUUUCUGCUCGCCACAUCCUGUUCAAACACAUCUCCUCUCUCGUAUACCCCCCUCUGUCUGUCCUAUCAGCCUGCUAUUAUUCCCUCUUGGAAAACAGACUGGGACGCAUUUCAUUCCUCUCCCACACACACGCUGCCCCUCAUUGUGGCCCCUUUCUUUUUUUUUUUUUUGCUCUGCUCUCCUGUUCCCCGUCUCCUUUACCUGCCCGAGAAGGUCAUUCUUGGUUCACUUUGUCAGACGCUCUCACUGUACCAAACACUUAUUCUCCUAACCCCUCUGUUCCCCUAAUGGGCACCAUAUCAGACAGCAACACCACAUUCCCUUCGUCGUCACUGAGAACCUCUCUCCACCCCUAACCGCCUUGCCAACACUAACAUCCAUACGGCCCAAUGGAGACAAAAGAUUUGAUGAUGACGAGCGUGCCGACGAUGGACAAAGGGCAGAAUGAAGGAGAGGGGGAUAAAGAGAGAGACGAGGUGGGGGAAGAAGAGGAGGGCACGCAGCAGGAAAAUGGUAGACUGAUGGUGGCCGAUGGUCUCGCCGACAGAGGACCCAAGAGCCUGACCUCCGGCCAACGGGUGUCCAAUGGCUUCACGACGUCCACCCCUCAGAGCCCCAGGGAGGGACCGGGAACUGCAGCUUGCGCGAUGGGUACAGCGUCUGCGCCCGGAGGUGGCGCCGGGUCCACGGUGCCACUGGGAGGCCUCAGGACUCUGGUGGUCCAACAGACCAGCUUGGAUCGGCCCAGAGAGACUUGGAGCAAGAAGAUGGACUUCUUGCUGUCUGUGAUCGGCUACGCCGUGGACCUAGGAAAUGUCUGGCGCUUCCCGUACAUCUGCUACCAAAAUGGAGGAGGUGCCUUUUUGCUGCCCUACCUGUUGAUGGCAGUGUUCGGAGGUGUGCCUCUCUUCUACAUGGAGCUGGCUCUCGGACAGUUCCACCGCAGCGGCUGCAUCUCCAUCUGGAAGCACAUCUGCCCCAUCUUCAAAGGGAUAGGCUUUGCCAUCUGCAUCAUAGCCCUUUACAUAGCGUUCUACUACAACACCAUCAUGGCCUGGGCCUUGUACUACCUGCUAUCGUCAUUUCGGCCCACGCUUCCCUGGACGACCUGCACCAACAGCUGGAACACAGCCAACUGUAACCGCUACAUGUCCUCUGACCACAACGUGUCUUGGUCCAACAACUCUACGUCCCCGGCUGAGGAAUUCUAUACUCGUCAGGUGUUACAGGUUCAUCAUUCCCCAGGUCUGCACCAGCUGGGCUCUGUCAGCUGGCAGCUGGCCCUCUGUCUGCUCUUCAUCUUCACCAUCGUCUACUUCAGUAUCUGGAAGGGAGUCAAGACGUCUGGAAAGGUAGUGUGGGUGACUGCUACCUUUCCCUACCUGGUCCUCUUCGUCUUGCUCAUUCGUGGGGCCACUCUGCCGGGGGCUUGGAGGGGUGUUGUUUUCUAUCUCAAACCUGAUUGGGAGAAACUGCUUACCACUACGGUGUGGAUUGAUGCUGCAGCUCAGAUCUUCUUCUCUCUGGGUCCGGGGUUCGGCGUGCUCCUCGCCUUUGCCAGCUAUAAUCCCUUUCACAACAACUGCUACAAAGAUGCGUUGGUCACCAGCUCCGUGAACUGUCUGACUAGCUUCCUGUCUGGCUUUGUUAUCUUUACCGUGCUGGGGUACAUGGCUGAGAUGAGGCAACAGAAUGUGGACGCUGUGGCUAAGGAUGCAGGUCCCAGUUUGUUGUUCAUCAUCUAUGCUGAGGCCAUAGCAAACAUGCCCGCUGCAACUUUCUUUGCCAUCAUCUUCUUCCUCAUGAUCAUAAUGUUGGGCCUGGAUAGCACGUUUGCAGGGUUGGAGGGAGUAAUCACAGCCAUGCUAGAUGAGUUCCCUCAUAUCCUGGCAAAAAGACGAGAGUGGUUUGUCUUCGGCCUUGUGUGUGUCUGCUACCUUGGGGCUCUUUCCACACUCACAUAUGGAGGAGCGUUUGUGGUGAAGCUGUUUGAGGAGUACGCUACAGGCCCUGCAGUCAUCACUGUGGUGCUGCUUGAAGUCAUCGCUGUCUCCUGGUUCUAUGGUACGCAGCGUUUCUGUAAUGACAUCCAGGACAUGCUUGGGUUCUACCCGGGUUAUUUCUGGAGGGUCUGCUGGGUAGCCAUCUGCCCCUGCUUUCUGCUGUUCAUUAUCAUCAGUUUCCUGGCAUUCCCACCAGAAGUCAAGUUGUUUGACUACCACUACCCACCGUGGACCACCGUCCUAGGCUACUGCAUUGGGGUGUCUUCAUUCAUCUGUGUGCCUGCUUACAUGGUUUACCACUUGCUUAGUGCUAAGGGCACUUUCAAACAGCGUCUGUUAAAGAGCAUCACUCCAGAGCCCAGUGAGAACCACAGAGACUUCAUUGUCACCAACGCAGUCUGACCAAACGGAGGCCGAAAAGAAGGCACCGCUCCCUAACUACCUGGAGCGCCCUCUUCUGGACACACUGCAAAACUACAGGACAAGGGGCUACCUUUCACCGCCUUUGCCUCUUUUCAUCCAUCUCUUACACUUGUUCUUCUCCCACCCAUCAAGAUCUAGAAAUUGAGUUGGCGCCAGGCUGCAGCAGAGUAGCUUUGUUUGACUUGGUUUGGUUUGUGCUGGUUCAGUUUUCUGUGGUGUUCACCUGCAAACCCAGAACUCGGUUUCAGUAUCUUCAUAUUUCUGACCCCAUUCCAAAGUCACUUAUUGAUCACCUUUUUCUUCAGGUAACUGAUAUUUUAUACACUUAUAUAAAUUAUGAUACAAUCUGUGUAGACUAUAAAUCAAGCAGUUAAACUGGAAAUUGUGCACACAGAGAGAAGGCCAGAUAAUUACGUUCCACUUCCCUCUCACUGUUUUCUAUUAAGUUAUGCAUUUAAAUAUGUAGCAAAAUUCAGGUAUCUUUUACAUCUGUUACUGAAGCCAAAUAUAUGAUGUGUUGAUAUUUCUAAAGAUGUAUCGAUAUGUGUAGUUGUCGUCAUGUUGUGUUGACUGUCAGCCUGUGUUGAUUUGGUGGCAUCUUGGCCGAACAGCAGAUUUGCAUUGAGGUCCCUACACUGUGAAGCACUGUCUGGUAGUGAUAUGAGUGUGUAUGUGCGUGACUGUGUGAAAGACAGACUGUUAUAAUAUCCAGUGGAAAAUGAAUCACAGACAGAAGUAACCACGUGUAUUCAUUCUAUAACUGCAAUAUAUCAGAUAUGUAUUUAUUUUACGAUGUAUCAGUGCUGCCAUUUUGUCUUUCCUCACACUUCAACCCUGACAGGACAAUAGUACUGAUGUUUGAUCACAGUGACAUUGUGCGCUCUGUUGUCAGACCGUCAGUAAUAGAAGCCAAAUAUGGAUCAGAGCUAAUAACAUUAUCAGUGUCUGAAAAUCAGUCUUUCUGCUCUUUACUUUCUACCAAAAAUGUGUGUAUGUGGCUUUCUGAGAGUGUGUGUAGGAGCAGGGAUUCAAAUAUGGCGAGUACUGUAUAUCUACAUGUAUGUAUUUACUAGUCAGUCUGGUAUUGGUGUAAUCUAUCCUGUGAAUACCUGUCUCCUCCCUCCAUGGAUGUGUGCGUGUGUGUUUAGUACUUGUGUGAAUGUCAGUUUGUGCGUGUGCACAGGCCUGGAUGUCGGUGCAAGUGUGGUCCAGAGGUGUUCAGCCCCUUUAUGUGUGCAUGCCGUGGUGUGCGUGUGCGUGAAUAUUGUACGUCAAAUGUGUGUGCGUGCGUCUGUGAUGUGAUCUCCUGUUGUCUUGUUAAAUGCCAAAAUAUCUAAUGAAGAAAGUAAAAACUCUCUCUCUUUCUCUCCCUCUCUCAUACCUCUCGAGCUUAUGUAAGAUCUAUGUAUGUCCAUAAAAGACUGUGUUGAGAAAUACACCUGUAUAGAAUUAAGAUAUAUAAAUAUAUAUGGGAAAUAAAAGAUAUAUGGAAAUAAAUGAAUAGAAACCUC